AAAAGAUAUGAGAGGUAAACCCUAAGCUUAAGUAACUUAAAAGUAGUAACCUUAGAAGUAAGGUAAUGUUCGUAAACCUUUGGAGAGGUAUAAUAAUUAUAUAAUGAAACAAGACCAGGAUUGACAGAUGAUGAGAUUGAUGAAAUCAGAGAAGCAUUCAACCUUUUUGAUACAGAAGGAACUGGAAGAGUUGAUCCACGCGAAUUAAAGGCAGCCAUGUAGAGUUUAGGAUUUGAUUAAAAAAAUCCUACAAUUUUCAAUAUGAUAGCAGACCUUGAAAGCGAAGGGUAUUUAUAAAAUGUUAAAGAUAGAACUGAUAUUGAUUUUGAUUAAUUUUUAGAUGCUAUUGCUUCAAAAUUAGGUAAUAGAGAAAGUAAAGAUGGAAUUAAUAAAAUAUUUGAUUUAUUUGAUGAUGAUGGCAGUAAUAGCAUAAACUUGAAUAAUUUGAAAAGAGUAUAAUUCAAAUGAAUUAUAUAGGUAGCUAAAGAAUUGGGUGAGACAAUGACUGCUGAAGAAUUAGCAGAAAUGUUAGAACGAGCAUCUUCAAAUGGUAGGGAAAUAACAAGGGAAGAUUUCUACAAUAUCAUGGUUAAGAGAACAUUUUGAUUAUCUUCCAG